CCGAGCUUGCUUUGCAUCGCACUCGAAGAAGACUAGAUCGAGAACCGAGAACGAUUUAUUUCACUCUAGCAUGAUACAUCCAAGUUGGAACUAAGGAAUCGCCUUGUUGCUGUUGCUGUCAUCUCAAGACAUAGCGUCGUCAAAGAGAUCGCAUCUAAUCACACCAUGCAAAGCCUCCGAAUAGCUUCUAGACUACAACCUCUAAGAUGUAUUCGAUCUGCACCGUUAUCAACAUCGGCAAGCAGGCACGCGCUGGCAAAUCCAACGAAUCUACCAAAAUGGCUCGAAGAAAACUCUCAUUUGUUAAAGCCACCUGUGAAUAACUACUGCGUGACCAACGAGCACAUGACAGUAAUGAUUGUCGGCGGGCCUAAUGCCAGAACAGACUAUCACAUAAAUGAGACGCCGGAGUGGUUUUAUCAGUACAGAGGCCGAAUGCUACUCAAAGUUAUUGAUGAUGGUAUUUUCAAGGACAUUUUCAUCAACGAAGGAGAGAUGUUCUUGCUACCACCAAACACGCCUCACAAUCCAGUCAGGUUUGCCGACACGGUUGGCAUUGUGCUUGAGCAACCACGCCCAGCAGGAUCUAUUGACAGAUUAAGGUGGUAUUGCCAGAACUGCGGUGAACAGGUGCAUGAAGCGAGCUUCCAUUGUACGGACUUGGGCACGCAAAUCAAAGACGCUGUCAACAAAUUCAAAGAAGAUAAAGAAGCAAGGACGUGCAAAAAAUGCGGUACAUUAUGCGAUACCGCACCGCCACCGGCGAAGACUUGAUUCAGUGGCCAACAAUGCAGCAUUAUCACCACUAAAAUAACUGGUCAUAAUGGAGCCUUGCAAUCGCCAGAAUAGUAAAAGUGCGCCUCUGCAUAGCUUCGGUAUAUAAUCCAUUCAUCGUUCAAGAUAGGUCUCAUGUGACCACUCAUUAUGCCGAGUCAUGGACCCCAAUGCUGAAUCUGUCCCGUAUUUUAGCAACCGACAACCAUGAUAGACUGUGUAACUUGUUUUAAUGCAUACAUCGCACGGAGAAGUUAAA